GAAAGAUCCCAAACCCACUAUUUCACUUCUCCAAGAUGAGCAAAACAGAACAGAGCAAAGCUGCCAAAAUAACUGAACCACCCAUGUAAUUUCCUCCCAAGGAGGACAUUAUUGGUGAUUUUCCUCAAUUGGUUUUGGCAUUUAGUCAAUGAACCUGUGGGAAAUUACCUAAAUCCACGCGGCUAUUUGGUGUAACUUCGGGAAAAAAAUAAGUGGCUGCUUUGUCUUGAAUGAUCUUCUAAAUUGGAGCUACUGCAGAUAGAACUACGAUGAAUGUAAAUUUUGAGCCUCAUUCCUUCUUGAAGGAAUUCCAUAUUCCUGCAUAUAUACUUGCACCUGGUUCAGAGGCUGAGAAAUUACGAGAUGUACCUUCAUGCCCAGUGCUCGUAUUUAUCAACUCCAAAAGUGGGGGUCAACUUGGUGGAGAUCUUCUGCUUACUUAUCGUUCUCUUCUAAACAACCAUCAGGUUUUUGACUUGGGAGGGGAGGCUCCUGAUGCUGUGUUGCGCAGGCUAUAUCUCCACCUUGAAACACUCAAACUUAAUGGUGAUGAAUUUGCUCCUGAGAUCGAGGAGAGAUUGAAAAUAAUUGUGGCAGGUGGUGAUGGCACUGCUGGUUGGCUUCUUGGAGUUGUUUCUGACCUUAAAUUGUCUAAGCCCCCACCUAUUGCUACUGUGCCCUUGGGAACCGGAAACAACCUUCCAUUUGCAUUUGGUUGGGGAAAGAAAAAUCCAGGGACAGAUCAAGACUCUGUGCUUGCAUUCUUGGAUCAAGUGAGGAAAGCAAAAGAAAUGAUGAUAGACAGCUGGCAUAUACUCAUGAGGAUGAAAGCUCCAACUGAAGGUAGCUUUGAUCCUAUUGCCCCCCUAGAGUUGCCACAUUCUUUGCAUGCAUUUCAACGAGUUUCUUCAUCAGAUGAACUUAACAUGGAAGGCUACCAUACAUUCCAGGGAGGAUUCUGGAAUUACUUCAGCAUGGGGAUGGACGCUCAAGUAUCGUAUGCAUUCCAUUCUGAGAGGAAGCUGCACCCUGAAAAGUUCAAAAACCAGCUGGUUAAUCAGAGUACAUAUGCAAAACUUGGAUGCACACAAGGAUGGUUUUUUGCUUCACUCGUUCAUCCUUCUUCAAGGAACAUAGCUCAACUUGCAAAAGUUAAGAUCAUGAAAAAACAUGGUGACUGGCAAGACCUUACCAUCCCUCCCAGUAUCAGAUCAAUUGUAUGCCUUAAUUUGCCGAGUUUCUCUGGUGGACUAAAUCCUUGGGGAACACCAAACAAGAACAAACGACGUGAUAGAGACUUGACUCCUCCUUAUGUGGAUGAUGGAUUUAUUGAAGUUGUUGGAUUUAGAGAUGCUUGGCAUGGGCUUGUUUUGUUUGCUCCAAAUGGACAUGGGAGACGUCUUGCACAGGCCCACCGAAUCAAAUUUGAGUUUCAUAAGGGUGCAGCAGAACAUACGUUCAUGAGGAUUGAUGGGGAACCUUGGAAGCAACCUCUCCCUGUGGACGAUGACAGAGUUGUCGUAGAGAUAUCUAAUCUUCGCCAGGUCAAGAUAUUAGCUACCCACGACUGCCGAUCUAGAAGCGUCCAUGACCCCUCAAGUCCCACUACUCCACACGGUCAAGAUGAUGGAGAGAGAGAUAGUGAUGAAGAAGAGUCUGUUGGGGAAGAAUGGAGGAAGUUUGGUGCUGCAGACACAUUUAAAAUCCCAGACGAGAUGAAGGUGCAGAAAGCCCGGCGGUCUGAGAUUGCUGAGAGCCUAGGACCUGUUUCGGUACAUAAAGAAAAUGUUCAGGAGAAAAGUGGGGAAACAAAACACACGUUGUAUCAGGGUUGUGCACUACCUCAAUUCACCUGUCCCACUUCUCAACAAUAAAAGGUGAAGGUGAAUGAUUCUUCUUCUGAUAAGCGAUCAAGAUUACAAAGGCUACGACGAUUCUUUAGUUGUUAGAAAAACAAAUAGAAGACAUGAAAAUCCACUUGAAAUAAGGAUCUACUCCAAUAUAAUAUACACAGAGGAGCAGAAUAUCAUCCUAGGCGCCAACCUGGCCAGCUGGCAUGAUUCUGGUAGACACGUCCACAGCAAAACUUGAUUUGGCUAACAUCCUAAAAAGCUGGAAUUAAUAUCUUAAAAUCUACAUUGUUAUUUGGGUGUGCACUUGCUAAUAUUUGGAGAAUUUUCUUGUUCCAUGUGCUACAACUUAAUCUAAAUAGAGCACAAGUGUAACAUCCUUGGGGAGCAUGUGCUCUCUCUCUCUCUCUCUCUCUCUCUCUGGGUGUGUGUGUGUGGUAUGUGGUUUCAUUAGUAUUACAUCUUGUUUUUGCAA